AUGACAUCCUCGGCGGACAAGCAGACCGAGUCCGAAGACUUUAUAACCAUUAAUUUCUCAGACACUUCAGACUCGGAGCACGCCGAAACAGAUAUCGGUAUCACCCGGAUCAAGCGCAAGGCCGACAGCGAUGAGGCCGCCGCCAAAGACGAUAUUCCGGAUCAGGGAAACUAUCAGACAUGCUAUAACAACCAACCGCUGCCGCCCUGGCUCAAGGGUCACCGGAGGCUGGGAAAGGGUUCCAAGCCGGAUAUCAGCGAGAUGAUCAACGAGGAAGUUACCCGUUUUAUCGACUACAUAUCCCCGACACCCGAAGAACACCAUAUGCGCCUCUGGGUUAUUGAGCGCAUGCAGCGUGUGCUCGACCAGCUACAGAUGAUCGACGUGAAGCCCAAGGCCCAGUGCUUUGGCAGCUUUGAGACCCGCUUGUACCUGCCCACUAGCGACAUUGACAUGACCGUUAUGCUGCACAAUGAGGGCACCAAGGAGAUGUCCGAGAACUAUAAAUCAAAAGAGGCCGUGCGCCGUUUCCUGUACACCCUGGCGCGGCAGAUGAAGAAGUCAGGCUUUUGUCGGGACUGCGAGGUCAUUGCCAAUGCCCGGGUGCCCAUUAUCAAGACACACGAGAUGGUCACUGGUUUUGCCGUCGAUAUCUCAAUCAAUGCCGACAGCGGCUUCAAAUCCGCCUCCGUGCAGCGGUCCUUUUGCGAGAGGGUCUACCCGGAUGCCCUCCGGCCCAUGGUGCUUAUUAUCAAGCAGUUCUUGGCACAGCGGUCGAUGAACGAAGUGUACACUGGCGGUAUCGGCUCCUAUGCUAUCACCCUAUUGGCUGUCAGCAUGCUGCAGAUGCACCCGCGCAUCCGGGCCGGCGGCCUGGAUGUCAGCAAGAACCUCGGCGUGCUCUUGAUAGAGUUCUUCGAGCUCUACGGCAAGCGCUUCAAUUAUGACACCGUGUGCAUCAGCGUGCUUGAAAAGGGCCAAUACCUGGAUAAGCGCCGCAAGGGAUUUUACAACAUGAACCAGCCCUAUCUUCUGUCCAUCGAGGACCCCUGCGAGCUGACCAACGACGUGUCCAAGGGAAGCUAUGGAAUCAACCGGAUCAAGCAGACUUUUGGCGGCGCAUAUGAUCUGCUCAACAAUGCC